AUGGAGGGAAGAUCAGACGCACCAAACAGUGGCCCGCUCAACCCAAUCGGCAUCAUUCCCCCUCAUAGUCCGGGUGGAUCAGUAAUAGUGACUACCAGAAGCUUCAAUGCGUCUUACGAUCUUACAACCAAAGACCAUGUCAUUUUGGUUGAGUCGAUGAAUGAGCCCCUCGCAACUGCCCUUUUUCGGGUGAAGCUACCCCCUCAUGUACGCGGGGAGGAUGUCGCGCCAAUUUCACAAGCACUGCACGGUCACCCACUUUCAAUUGUUAUGGCAGCUGCUUGUAUUAAUUCACCAACCCUUCCAUGGGAUCUUCGGGGGUUUCACGAAGAAAUUAAGAGACGAGAGUCAUUUCGACGUGAAAAGAAGGGCACCCUCCCCGUGAUGCAACCUUUUCAUAAUAUCUCGCAAAUCGUCUUAGAUACUCUGAAGCAAGUAGACAGACCGGCGCUAGACCUACUCUGUUAUCUGAGCUUCUUUGAUCCACAAGGGGUUCCGGAGAGUCUACUUGCUGACGGGCCUGGUGAUGUCUCGAAAUUCCGUGAGGGUCAACAAAGGUCUAGCCAGAUCGAGGGUCUUGCACCUGAGAUCUUCCUUCUCAGAAACCUACGAUUGAUACAUGUCACACCUGGCGACAGAACGAUCGUAAUACAUGACUUGUUACGACGCGUCGUUAAGGAAUGGAUGGAAACUAAUCUCUAUGGGGAAGAUCCGACUGAACCUGUGAAAAGUCGUUUUAUCAAGAACCUUUCCCACAGAUUCGUCGCGGAAGAGCAUGCAAAUUGGAAGAAGUGCAGGUCACUGUUUCCACACGUGCAAGUUGCGAUAGAUGAUCCACCGAGCAGAUAUAUGAAGCAAUCUCUGUUGCAGUGGGCUACCCUCCUCCAUGCGGGUGCACGCUAUGCCGGGAAUAUCGGAAAGGCCACAGUCAUGGCUCGAAUGGCAAUGAAGGCAAUGCAUGCCCGUCAUGAUAUACUAGGUCCUAAUCAUCUGGAGUCUAUAGAUGCUGAGAUGACAUUGAGACUGGCCUACUUGCUACAGGGCCGGUGGUCAAAAGCGGAGAUGAUGGCAAAACAUCGGGUUGAGCAUUGUGAUCGGGUACUUGGUCCGGAGCACCCUGCCUCUCUGUCUGCCUCAGGUCACCUAGCCUUAGCAAAGUGGUACCAAGGCCAAUGGGAUGAUGCGGAGCGACCGAAUCUGAAGCUCCUUGAAACAUCCCGGCGAGCUCUGGGUAGAGAUCAUCCAGACACCUUAACUAUCAUGAGUAACCUUGCCAUGAUUUACGAACAGCAAGGCCGGUUGAAAGAAGCUGAAGAUAUGAACUUUGUGGUCCGCGAGACACGCAGACGUGUUUUAGGCUCCGAGCAUCCAAGUACUUUGGCCAGCAUGAAUAACCUUGCGGUAAUAUACAUGCGCCAAGGCCGAUUGGAAGAGGCAGAAAACAUGAACUCUCAUUUGCUCAGGAUUCGCACGCGCAGCUUAGGGCAGGACCAUCCAGUCACCUUAACCAGCAUGACCAAUCUUGCGUCCGUAUACAAGGCUGAAGGGCGGUUCGACGAAGCUGAAGCGCUAUAUCAUCUCGCAGUUUCUAUUUCGAAGAAGAUCAAGGGCGGUGAGCAUCGUGACACGCUUGGGGUGAUGGGCAAUUUAGCGGCCAUCUACCAGGCCAAAGGGCGAUUGGUCGAAGCAGAGGAACUCGAGACACAAGUACUCUUAGGCCGUCAAAAGGUCCUUGGAAACGAGCAUCCCGAUACAGUCAAAAGCCUAGCAAGCUUGGCAGCAAGAUAUUUUAGGCGAAGUCAGUUGGAACUUGCUGAAGCCACUCAGACGCAGGUUAUAGGGUUUCAAGAGGCUCAAUUGGGUCCCGAACAUCCAGAUGUGCUUUUGAGUCUGGUUCUUUUAGCAUCCAUCUUUAGGGCCCGUGGAAGAUUGGAAGAAUCGGAGGAGAUUUACUUGCGAGUAAUCAGCGGGAUGGAGAAACAUUUUGGUCCAGAACAUCCGAGCACGAUAGAUGGCAUGGAAGGCAUGGCUCUUGUUCUCAUCCACCAAGGGAGGUUUGAAGAGGCCGAGGCACUACAGCUCAGGUCAAUUGCCAGUAAAGAGAGGGUGCUGGGAUCCGAACACCCCUCAGUCUUGACGAGUCGAGCUACCCUGGCUUUAAAUUACCAGCAUCAGAACAGGCUGUUCGAAGCCGGGGAUAUAUACAGCCAUGUAUUGGUCAAAAGCCUGAAAGUAUUUGGCGAAGAGCACCCAGAUACCCUCGACAUCAUGGAAAAUCUGGCGUUGAUACGUUUCGAAAUGGAUGAUCUGGUUGAGGCCGAAACCCUGGCAAAAAGGGCCAGACAGACACGGGAUAGAUUCCUUCGGGUGGAUAGGCCAGGAGAAACAAAAUCAGCUAAGCUGCUUCAUGAAAUUUGGCAGAAGAGGCAGGCCCAGGGUAUGCGCAUGGAUGGAGAUGAUGAUUCCAAUGACUCUGAUUUUGGGUCGAUCCUAAGCAGCCUUGGAUUUGCCGGUAGUAACUCCUCCGCAACAAGCUUCGACAACACAGUAUUCACCUCUGCGGUUGAAGUCUUCACUGCAUCACUUCUACGGAUUGAGAGUUUUCAAAAUAUUUGUAAAUUUGCGCUUGAGGAGAGCGAUACGUCAAUAUCCAGAUUCCAGCGCAAUCUGACGAAGGCCUUGCGGCUUUUUGCAUUUCAUUUGGCCCAAGAGACAGAAUUCGAAGGUCGUCCCAGCAUUGCAAAAUUUCUCCGCAGUGCGUCUUCCAGAGUUGCAAGUCAAACAAUCCAAAGCUUUGGUGUGAUGAAAAUGUCCGGACUGGAGGAAUGGAAUGUUCGACGACUUGGGGAAAAGGGCUCCAGAGCUAAAAUAUUGGAAUAUCUCGAGACUCAAGAUGCCACUGGCGUCACAAAGCACUCUCGAGAAGAACGCUUGGAACUAGAAACUGAGAUCCAGACGCAAAGUCAUGAUGAUGACGAGAUAGAAUCGGACUCGGAUUCCGACGCAGAUUCGAUCCCAGAGGGCUUCGAAGGACAGACAAUAAUGGAUGAUCUAGAGAAGACUGAGUACCUUCUCUUCAAGUCAAACGCCUUUCUAAUUAUGGAAAGAGAAUUUCACGAUUUUGUCUUCCCAUCUCUGCGAUCCGAGCUCGGUAAAUGGAUCGCAAAGAAGCGCCGAGCCGUAGCCUUCACGGCAAAACAGCUACGAGAUAUUGAGACUGUGGUGAGCGAAUUGCAGCAUAUUGCCCCAGAUCAAAUUUUCUUGAAUAAAGAAGAAGAUACUUCGAUCAUCAAUAAAAUUAAGGGAAAAUGGGAGACAUUCACAGCAGAAACUUGGGACUGGUGGCCCUUGAGACCGUACAUGCGUCCUCUAGCAAAUGGAGAGUCGCGUUUGUAUUGGCGAUGUGUGAGUUUUUCCACCUGA